AUGGAUGUAUUUGCUGUUCCGCUUACCAAGUUAUCCGGGCCAGCAGCAACAGCCGAUCGCUUCGCCUUCGGUAGAGCUGAUGCCCUGCACAAAGGGAAGAUGCAGCAUCGCACCAUUUUGGUGAUGGGCGCAACCGGUUGCGGCAAGACGACGCUCAUUAAUGGUAUGAUUAAUUUCAUUUUCGACGUCCAAUGGGAGGAUACCUUCCGCUUCCAGCUGAUUGAAGAGCAGACGGCCGGCCGCUCCCAAGUUGACAGUCAGACCAGCCGCAUCACAGCCUACGACAUCCAUCACGCGGAAUCCUUCCGCGUCCCUUAUUCGCUGACUAUUGUCGACACGCCCGGCUACGGUGACAUUAAAGGGCUCGAAAGGGACCAAGAAAUCACCGAAAUGGUCCGUAAAUUUUUCGAAGAAAGGGGCGGAAUUCAAAAGCUGGACGUGGUUGGUUUCGUGGCGCAAGCCUGUUUGCCACGGUUGACGCCCACUCAGAUUUAUAUUUUUGAUUCGGUGCUUUCCAUCUUCGGUAACGAUAUCAAGGAAAACAUUAAUUUCUUAUUGACGUCCGCCGACAACCAAGUGUGCCGCCCAUCUUGA